AUGUCGAGCGCAGACGAAUACUCGGUGACACUCUGCACGUCCGGCGCGCAACUCCGCGGAGUGUGCUCCGUCCGCAUCGAAGUGUUUGUGAAAGAGCAAGGAUUCGCGCUCGCCGACGAGAUCGACCAAUAUGAUCCGCUCGCCGCUCACUUCAUCCUCACGCACAACUCCGACCCCAGCACCGCUCUCGGUACACUCCGCCUCCUGCCCUACCCACUACCCAUCCCAAAGCCAGACGAAGCAGGAGCCGAACCCGAUCCGAACUCAUCGUUCCCGCUCGGCGGGAGUCGAAGCGAAUCCGCCAUCGCCAGCGAUUUCAUCAGCGCUGCUUGGUCACACUACUCUCCCUCUGCACCGAGUGCAAGGGAUCCAGCACAGACGGAAGCGGAGGAGAAGGAGACAGCAAAACAGAUGACGGAGAAAGGUGGGGCCAAGCUGGGACGGUUGGCGCUGCUGAAGGCGGCUAGGGGCAAGGGAUUGGGAAACCUGUUGGUGAGGAAGGCGGAAGAGUGGUUGAUCGGCGUUUUGCAGAGCGACGAGACGUCAAAGCAGGGUGCGUUUGGGCCAAGACCGACGCUGCAGGGGGAUCAACAUGGGACGAGGCAGACGAAAGGAGAUGAGGAGAGACUGGAGAGUAUCGUGAUCAAGCUCAGCAGUCAGAUCUACGUGAUCGAUUUUUACCAGAAGUUGGGCUACACGCCUGUCGGUGACAGGUACGACGAGGAUGGCGCACCCCAUCAGCUGUGCUGCAAGCAGCCUUCGACGUCCAAGGUGUUCUGGCAUGCAUCGCCGUCCCCAGGUGUGCUGCGACAGCUUGCCAACUGGACGCCGAGCAAGAGUCAAGAGUCACCCACCUUGCCGCUAUGUACACAGGCCUUUGUAGGAGAGCUCAAGAAGCUGCCAGGAGCCUACGAGGCUCAGUCGCCGCUCAUCGCGCGCGACUCGGCAAAGAGGAAGAAGCUCAUGGAUGCAUCCCGCGGCAGCGCAAGACACGUCUCUGAUCCUACGGCGAACCGGGUCAAGUUGCGUGAGUACAUCAAUUUGGAGCUAUCCGACGAUGACGAAGAGGAUGGAGCAAGCGCCGACGGGCCAAGAAGACUCCUUCUUGGCGACGUGGGCGAGUCAUCGCCGGAGUCGGCAAGGAGAAGGACGAUGGACGCCGGAAACACUGGCAGAAUGCGACAGCCAUCCUCGUCUUCGCAACAUAGCUCAGCACACAGUCACAUGUCACUACCGCUCGACAAGGAUGCACCACAGCAUACUUCAUCGCAUCGACGACUCGAACGACGCCCACCACGCAGACGCAAAAAGGAGUCCUUGAUCGCAGGACUUGGCUUCACGGAUGACUCGGGUCGAGCUACCGACUGCUUGAAGCUGUUUGAGGACCUGCAAGCCGCGAUACAGGGCAUGUCAAGUGCCUCACGCCCCUCGACGAGUGAAUCCGGGGAUGCUGACCAGCGUCCCACGGUCACAAUCGAUGGGCGCAGCAGUGGUGGAGCGAGCAGUGGUGGCAGACUGACAGCAAGAGAAGGUAUCAACAGGACGGCUUCAGCACCUCACGCGUCGCGAGCGGUACAGCACUCGCAGCAGCUUCGCGAAGAGGACAAGCACUCGCGAUCACCAGACCACCAGCACAACGGUUCGACUGCUCCUUUGACUCCGCGUCGCGGCUUCCGCCCGGUCAAGUCGGAUCACGAUGUGUUCAGAGCGGCCGGUAACGCAAGAGGGAGCGAAAUGGAGACUCGUGCGUUGCAGCCUCGUCCGAUCAACCUGCCAUCGGAGCCGCGGGCCGACAGCCAAAGCCUGCAGCAAGGCCCACCGUCCAAGGCGCCGAUCCAGACCAGCACGGUCUUGCAACCCAGUGAGGCAAACGUGGAGCAACACAACAAGGCAAGCCCCACCGCACAGGCGGUGCCAGCCGAAGCAACCAAGUCUACAGCUUCGUCGACGGUCCGGGCACCCGCAAUCGAUGCGCCGAUCCAUGCAACAAAGACAGUCACCGUCGCACAACCGUCUCCUGUCAAACGUUCGGCGCGCAUCGAGGCGAUGCAGCAGACCACCCACAACACCAAGAAGCUCGGCGUGCGCGGCCCUUCGAUGCUGUCUAAAUCCGUAUCACCCCAUGCCAAGCCUGCAUCCUCAACCACCCACACACUGUCUCGCAAGCCAGGCCCCUCGACCACCACCACCACCACCAACACCACCACACCGGGACGUGCGCGUGCACUCGCACUCGGCAAACUAUCACAAGCUCGACAACCAGGUCUACCACGCAGCUGCUCGCAGUCCAUCUCGGCCUCUCAGCAUUGCCCUGCUGCAGCAGGAGGGGCUGUUGGUCCAUCAGCACCGUUCCGGCCGCCGGCGAUCGCGGCGCGAGCAACAACAACGACGCGAAUGACGACGAGAGAGGUGAGGAGUAGCAGUCCGGUCAAGAGGUCGAGCAGUAAGGCGGGACCUGCUUCGUCGGACGACAGUUUUGGCGAUGUGGAUGACGAUGCUGCUUUCUUGGCGUUGGCUUGUGAGUUUGAGUAUUAG